AUGUGCGCCGCCAACGAUGCCCUGCUGAUCAUCAACGAUCAUGCGGAUCUGGCUGCCGCUCUCGGGCCCGAUCACGUGGGAUUGCACGUUGGUCAAACUGAUUUGCCCGUGGCUGAGGCUCGCAAGGUUCUGGCGCCGGGGCAAGUGCUGGGCCGCUCCAACCGUGAGAUAGAUUUGAUCAUCGAGUCGCAGCACAUGGGCGCGGAUCACGUCGCGUUUGGCGCGAUGUACACCACGACGACCAAACAGGUCACCCGCGCGCCGCAGGGCCCCGAGCGUUUGAAGCAGGCGCGUGCGGCUGCCCAGGUGCCGUUGGUGGCUAUAGGCGGGAUCACGGCGGCGAAUGUCGCCCCAGUGGUGGAAGCCGGCGCCGACGCAAUCUGCGUCACCGCGGCGGUUGGAAGCGCGUCCGAACCCGAAGCUGCUGCGGCCGCGCUGACCGAAGCAAUUCGCGCCGCCGGCGGGCGCGUUUAG